CUUUCUCACCCCUCCCUCCCUGCUGUCCCUGUUAGCGGUCACUGCACACCAGGGUUUAGUGCGAGCUCGGCUGAUAGAUAGAUGAGACAGAGGAGUGGAAGCAUGGAUGGAUAGUUUUCCCCCUCCUUUUUCAGCAUUUCCACAGGGGGACUGCAGACAAGGAGAGGAGGUGGACUAGUAGGUGACCGGCAGACGCUAAUACUGGCAUGAGGGAAAACAGUUGUCAUGGAUACCGUCUCCUGACACAUGGUCGUCUGGAAUGAUAUCUGGCCAUUCACCUUAACUUGGACAAGAGAGACCGUCCACUUUGCACUAGUCUCGAUGGAUUUCUUCUUCAAUCGCCGUUUCGGUCGUCGCCAAAAAAGACAGCAGCACCCUCCCGUACGUCAGCCCGGUCCUGCUGUUCAGACCAGCAAAGCCAGGAGGCGCUCUAGUGCUGGCCUUCCCUCUGUAGCAUUAGUCCAGUCCAGACGCUCCUCCAUUGGUUUACCUCCAGUUUGCACUGACCAGCGCAGGCGACCCAGUAUUGGCUUAAUGGUAGCCAGUGGACAGAGGCGGCGAUCGCUUGUAGAUCUGGGAUCGACACACGCCAGCGAAACAGCGGCAGAAUUUGUGAAAGAAGCCGAGAGAGAAGAUGUGCCUAUCAAGAGAGGAAGAAGAGCAUUUCACCACAAAACUCACCAUGCUCGCAGAGCCUCCGGCGGCGUCCCCUGCGUACAUCAGGGGUUACAGGUGCGACGCCACUCUGGAGUCAAAUCAAUUGAACCUCAUUUACUUGGAUCCUCCAUGUUGCUUGCGAGUGUGGUCCAGAUGGGAAGAGGAGUGAAAGAGAAGGAAGAGGAAGAAGUGGAGCUAUGCUCCUGUUCUGAGUCAGAAAGUGAGGAAGGGAGCGAUGAAGAGGUGGAGAACAGAGGUGGAGGUAUAGAAGAUGCAAACUUGAGGCCCACAGCUCGGAUGCACCUUACCCAGGCGGUCAUCAUAAAAAACAUCAAACACCGCCCCUUGCUCCAUCCUCCUCGCUGUCUCAGACGAAACUCCUCCCACCUCCUUCCAGCGGACUCUGUGUUUCAGAGCAGAGAAACCGGUUAUGGAGUUUACGGUCGGUAUAAUCGACGCAGUUCUAAUCAACUUCAACAGACCUCGAAUAAACCGAUGCAGACUUCCACGACCAGCCCCAGUCUGGGUCAGCUGGCCUCUGGUCUGAGUUCUGAUCCUGCGGCUGCUGAGACGGAUGUUACCUCCUCUGGGUCGACGCUGCAUAAAAGCUGCUCCUCACCUCACGGGGGGCACGAGGAAAUUAUAUACUACGAUCCUUAUCUGGAAACAUGGGAGAACUUCCUGUCGAAAGCAAUCGCCAAGUCCGGCCUACACCAUCUUCCCUGUCAGCCCAGUACAUCAUCUCUGAACAGGACCGACCCAGAAGCAAGUAUCCGCAGUACUGUGGACUGGACUGAGUCGGCUAUGUAUGGAGAUCAUAUCUGGUUUGAGACAAAUGGGUCUGGAGAUUCCUGUUACGUGGGAGAACAACAUUGUAUUGCCAGAGCACUGCAAAAGUCCAUCAGCCGAAGGAAGUGUGCCGCUUGUAAGAUAGUCGCCCACACCAUCUGUAUAGAACAACUGGAGAAGUUUCCCAGCUCUAAGGCCAUCCUGCCCCUCGGUGACCCAAACUUUAGAAUUAAUUUCAGGUGCAAGCCGUCUUUCAGAGACUCGGGCUCCAGGAACAUUCGAGAGCCCACUGUGGUGCGUCAUCACUGGGUCCAUCGGAGACGGCAGGAAGGCAAAUGUAAACAGUGUGGGAAGGGCUUCCAGCAAAAGUUUACUUUCCACAGCAAAGAGAUUGUUGCCAUUAGCUGCUCCUGGUGUAAACAGGCUUAUCACAACAGGGUUUCCUGCUUCAUGCUGCAGCAAAUUGAGGAGGCCUGUCCAAUAGGAGCUCACGCCGCCCUCAUAGUUCCACCCACGUGGAUUAUUCGGGUGCGACGCCAUCAGUCUUCUAUGAAAUCGAGCAAGAAGAAGAAGAGAACGUCGUUCAAGAGGAAAAGCAGCAAGAAAGGUGCUGAGGAAGGACGACAGUGGAGGCCGUUUAUAAUCCGACCCAUCCCCUCACCGCUGAUGAAGCCUCUGCUGGUGUUUGUCAACCCCAAGAGCGGAGGAAACCAGGGCACUAAGAUCAUGCAGUCCUUCAUGUGGUACCUGAACCCCAGACAGGUGUUUGACUUGAGCCAAGGAGGACCGAAAGAGGGUCUGGAGCUGUAUCGUAAAGUCCACAACUUGAGGAUCCUGGCCUGCGGAGGGGACGGCACUGUGGGCUGGAUCCUGUCUUGUCUCGACGAGCUGGCAUUAAACCCUCAGCCCCCUGUUGCCGUGUUACCUCUCGGGACAGGAAAUGACCUCGCCAGGACCCUCAACUGGGGAGGGGGCUAUACAGACGAACCUCUGUCUAAAAUCUUGUCUCACGUUGAGGACGGCACUGUUGUCCAGCUAGACAGAUGGAAUCUGCAGGUUGAAGCAAACCCGAGCGCAGGGGCCGAAGUGGAUGAACAACAAACUGAUAAGCUCCCUCUAGAUGUUUUCAACAAUUACUUCAGCCUUGGAUUCGAUGCCCAUGUCACUCUGGAGUUCCAUGAAUCAAGAGAGGCCAACCCCGAGAAGUUUAACAGUCGAUUUAAGAAUAAGAUGUUCUAUGCUGGGACAGCGUUCUCAGAUUUCCUGAUGGGAAGCUCCAAAGACCUGUCUAAACACAUCAAAGUGGUGUGUGAUGGGACUGAUAUAACACCGAAGGUUCAGGACUUGAAGCUGCAGUGUCUGGUUUUCCUCAACAUCCCCAGGUACUGCGCGGGGACUACACCUUGGGGAAAUCCCAGUGAGCAUCAUGACUUUGAACCUCAACGCCAUGAUGAUGGGUACAUCGAGGUCAUUGGAUUCACCAUGACUUCACUGGCCACUCUUCAGGUCGGAGGUCAUGGCGAAAGGUUGAACCAGUGUCGGGAAGUCACCCUCACCACCACCAAACCUCUCCCAGUACAGGUGGAUGGUGAACCGUGCAGACUUGCUCCCUCGGUCAUCCACAUCAGCCUCAGGAACCAGGCCAACAUGGUCCAGAAAACCAAACGACGUACCUCACUGCCACACCUUAACGAUCAGCAGCCGGUCCCAGAUAGGCUGAGGAUCAGAGUCAGCAGGAUCAGUAUGACCGACUAUGAGGCUCUGCACUAUGACAAGGACAAACUACGGCAAGCAUCCAUUCCUCUGGGCCUGAUCGUGGUUCCUGGAGACAGCGACUUGGAAACCUGCCGAGAGCACAUCCAGCGUUUGCAGGAGGACUGCUGCUCUGUCCACCCCCACUUUAGAUGCUUGGGACCGCAGGAGGAGGCCGGCAAACCCAAGAUCCUUUCCUCGCAGAGAUUAUCUCCAAAGUGGUGUUUCCUCGACUCUACAACAGCAGAUCGUUUCUACAGGAUCGACAGAGCACAGGAACAUCUCAACUACGUAUCAGAAAUCUCCCAGGAAGAGCUCUUCAUCCUGGACCCUGAACUCAUCGUUAUGACCACAAUAGGCACCUCCCCCUCAGCCAGUCUUGAUGUGGCGACGCCAGGCUCCACCCCGGUUAACUACAGGAAAGGCUCCUCCAACCAGAUCUCUGACGAAGAUGCUUCUGUUUACCCUGUGGCUUCUUCCUCUCCUUCAUCCCCAUUCUCUGUUCCCAGUUCCUCCCAGAGGCAGCGAGUGAACAGCGACAGCUCUGCAGCUGACGACCCAACGCCGGUGGCCAGCAAACUCACCAGGGCGGGUUGCAUCCAUCGCUCCAACACCACUGCUGCUGAUUUUAAACCAAGACUCAGACAGGAGAAGAGCCAGAAGACGAGUGAAACAGAAAAGGAGCGAGAAAAAGAGAUGUUGAUUGAGUGUGUGAAGAACAAGGACGUGAAGGGGCUGCAGGAGCUGCACCUGAAGGGGGCGGACCUCACGGCGCUGGACCAAUCAGACUGCAGUCUUUUGCACCAUGCCGUCAGCACAGGGAGCAAAGAGAUGGUCCGCUUCAUUCUUGACAACGCGCCAAAUGACCUGCUGGAUGUCACAGAAAAACUUCACGGAGAGACGGUCCUUCAUCGAGCUGCGUCACUGUGCCACAGGACCAUCUGUCAUUAUCUGGUAGAGGCAGGGGCCUCGCUGAUGAAAACAGACGUACAGGGUGACACACCUAAGAACAGAGCGGAGAAGGCUCACGAUGCUGAGCUGGCGGCCUAUCUGGAGAACAGGCAGCAUUACCAGAUGAUCCAGAGAGAAGACCAGGAAACAGCUGUUUGAAAGUGCCGAGCUCCUUUUACGAGCAGGACGGAGACGAAGAGGCUGCUGUCCUCUUCCUCCUCGACCGCGAUGAGACUGAUGCCAGUGUGACGGGAGGAUUCCAUGUGUCAUUCCGUGAGCCCCGAGUGGAGGCCGAGAGUGAAGCUGGACCAAAUCUGAUCCCAACAUGCCUUUAAUGGAGAUUGUGAUUUAAAUGAUGAUGAUGACGGUUACACCGAGGGCGCUUUGUGGUACAGAUUAGGAGAUGUUAAGCCAUUCUUCUACAUUUUGAGCAGCUCAGUGAUAAAAAGUAAGAAGAAGAAGAAGAAAGUAGAAGCGGCCCUCUGACUGAGGAAAUAAAUUUGGUGAGACAACUUGGUUCUUUGAAAGUCUUUCAUCUCAAACUGAAAGCGAGCAUCUGCCAUGAAUUAAUGAUACUGCGAGGUUUGGUGGGGUCGGAUCGUCUCAGCAAAAUGUCAUUUUCAGACGCUGAUGUUAAUGUCUUAGUUGAGCCGCAUAAGCCUUACAAACCCCAAAAAUGCACCAAUCAAAGGUUUUUCUUUGGGGUGGGAUUAUGAAAUGAAUGGUGUUGACCGAAGAUGGCUGGAUGAAAGUUCACGGAAUGUCCCGCAAAGAAAACCUCUGGGUAGAAACUCUGAUGGAGCUGAUGGAAAAAGGGUCAAAUUGUGAAAACGAUUAAGAUUCAUCUCCAGAGGACCGUAAAAGACAAUCACCUUUUGAAAUCCCUUGUAAUGGACCAAAGUGCUGAUAUCUUUGGCGGUGUUGGUGUUACAUUCUGCCGCGAGCCCUGAAUAGUGUAAUGAAGCUCUGUGAUUAACUUCACAAACCCAUCACCAUCAUGCUUUUCUUCUUUAAGAUGUUCUGCUUUAUCUCACUUCCCCCAAACUACAUGAUCAUCGUGUUUGUACAUUCUGUAUUUUGUUUACUUUGCUUGUCAACAUAUUCUAAAGAUAAUUAUUUAUAUGUCGAGGGUAUUGGAGCACAGCGAUGGAUCAAAUGUACUUAAAAAAAAAGAAAAAAAUCAUUUGACUUGGAAAGUUUUGUUGAACUUGAGCCAAAAUAUAUUUUGUCGUGCCAAAAAUAUAUUUUGUCCUAACACAUAAAGAUGUUAGAAGUCAUUCUAGCGCUAGAUAGCGACAACGCAGAUCCUCACCUGCUCGGGUAACUGUAGGUGUGUAGAUGUGAGAGCGCGGCCGAGCUGUGGACUGGUUCUACAAUGAACCUCCAGUCACCACAGGGGAGUCGGAUGUGCUGGCGUACAGGGAGUCUGCUGAAGCGACACCUCCAAAAACAAAAAGAUCAUUUCGUUGAGGUAUAUUUUUCAGGAAUAUUGUCCCUCAUUCACACGCUGCCAAAGGACUCAGCCAAAAUGAAAUUCAUCAUCGUACGUUGAAAACGAAACAGUUUAUCCCCAGUGUAUGCAGCUGGAUCAUCUGAUCCCAUCCGCAGAGCUCGGAAACACUGCCGUGAUGAAAAGCAAAUGCUGUGCAGCAGGUGAACCAAACGCAAACUCUCUUUUUUUUCUUUUUCGUAGUUUAGGUAAAAAGUUCUCUCGGCACCAGGAAUUUUGGAGGGGUUUUUUGUACAGUAUGUAAGAAUAUUCUCUGACUUUGAUCCAACUGCUGGAAAAAAAAACAAAAAAACAACUUCACUCACUUUUUCUUGUUGGUGGAUUUAGCUUUCCUAACUGAGUUGGUGUUUUGCAUUGACUUUCAAUUCUGCAUCAUCUUUUUUUUUUUUUUACAUCUGUUGCCAAUGUAAUCUGAAUUCUCUCCUGUUUAGGACUUUUGGUAAACGCAUUGCUGUAAAAUAAAUGGUUUUAAUUUG